AUGUUCAACCAGUUAAUACACAGACAUCUCGGGAACAGGCGACUACUAACUCGAUCGUAUGCCGAUAUAAUUAAUGAGAUUCGAAAGAGAUCGACGGAGUCUGCGCCGAAAGUGAACCGGUUUGCGCAGCAGUAUUCGCAACCAAAACCCGAUCAAAAACCAAGUCAUCAAGGUGUCCGAGGCAGAAACAAUGGUCAAAAGAGAAGCGGGGUCCAACAUGGGGGCAUCAGUGGUACCAAAAAGCCUCUUCACAAAGGACCACGAUCCGCGUCAAACACGAAGGUGCCACCACCACGUGCAGUUGGUAGAUCCAACUCUUCAAACUCCAAUGGGAUGAGAGAUUUCGACAAGCAAUUUGCAUCAACAGCCCCACGGCUCACAAAAGAAGAGAUUGAAAGGCAAAAGAUGUUCAAGUAUGAAGAACUUCGUAAAGACUUGGCUAGACAAGAGCAACAAGAGAAGUACCAACGCGACGAAACUGUCCAGUUUCAGCAGUUGAAGAAACGUAAAGUGAGAAAACUUAAAGAGCAAAGGAAACCAUUGGUUAAAAUCCAACUCCCUCCAUUCAUCAGCGUAUCAAAUUUGGCAACAAUCAUGCAAGUUCCAUUAAAUGACGUAUUUAAAAAAUUGGAAGGAUUGGGGUUUGAGGAUAUUCGACAUUCAUACAUUUUGGAUAAAGAGAAUGCCGCCAUGAUUGCUGAUGAAUACGAUAUAGAGGUUGAAACUGUGGCCCAGUCUGAUGACGACCUAUUUCCUGAACCAGUCAAGGAAGAGUUGCUAAAAGAGAGACCCCCUGUGGUUACUAUAAUGGGCCAUGUUGAUCAUGGCAAAACCACCAUUCUUGACCACUUGAGGAAAUCAUCAAUUGUAUCGGGUGAAUUUGGAGGGAUCACACAACAUAUUGGUGCGUUUUCGGUGAUUACACCAAAGUCACGCAAAAAGAUUACAUUUUUGGACACGCCAGGACAUGCAGCUUUUCUCAAGAUGAGAGAACGCGGGGCAAUAAUUACCGAUAUUGUUAUUCUUGUUGUAGCUGCUGAUGAUUCGGUUAUGCCGCAAACCAUCGAGGCCAUAAAGCACGCCAAAAAAGCAGGUGUGCCUAUGAUCAUUGCAUUAAACAAAUGUGACAAACCGGGUAUCAAUGUCGAUAAAGUACUUGGCGAUCUAGCGGCGCAAGAUAUUGACAUCGAGGAUUAUGGUGGAGAAACUCAAACGGUGCAAGUCUCGGGGAAAACUGGUUUGAAUAUGGACAAAUUGGAGGAGGCAAUUAUAACAUUGAGUGAAUUGAAUGACUUUAAAGCAGAGGAAAAGGGAGUUGCUGCCGAGGGUUGGGUUAUUGAAUCGAAGCUAGUUAAAGGUAUGGGGAAUGUUGCUACUGUUUUAGUGCGUCGUGGAUCGUUAAAGAAUGGCGAUGUUAUUGUUGCUGGCGAAACAUUUGGUAAAAUCAGAGGAAUGAAGGAUGAGAAAGGGAAAGUUGUAAAAGUAGCUGGUCCUUCAACUCCGGUGCAAAUAUGGGGAUGGAAGGAAUUGCCGGAUAGUGGUGAUCAUAUAAUUCAGGCAAAACUGGAACAAGUUGCUAAAAAAGUGAUUGAACACCGUAUCGCUCGGGCACAGCAGAUCCAAGCAUCUAGAGACAUUGAAGACAUUAAUUUCAAACGGGCUGAGGAGAUUAAGGAAGCUGAACGGUUGGAGAAGAUUGCCGAGUUGAAGAAAGCUGGCUUAGAUUCGAGUCAAUUGGAAAAAGAAGCGCAAGAUACAAAAGUAACAAAGUGUAAUUACAUUAUCAAGUCGGAUGUAUUCGGCUCAGCUGAGGCUAUUAAGGAGAGUAUUCACGAGUUAGGUAACGACGAGGUUCAAUCUUGUGUAAUAUCACACUCUGCCGGAGCUCCAACUGAUAGUGAUCUCGACAUGGCCAAGACCUUCAAUGCAACCAUAUUUUGCUUCAACAUUAAACCACCAAAACAAAUUCUCCAAAGAGCGGAAAGAGAAAAAGUCAAGAUUGUUGAGCACAAUAUCAUUUAUAGAUUGAUUGAGCAAGUUACUGACGAACUUAGUUCACAUUUGAGGCCUAGGAUUGAGACAAAAAUUCUUGGCGAGGUGGAUAUAAAGGACAUUUUCACCAUCACUCAAGGAAAAUCAAAGGUUAAAGUUGCUGGUUGUAAGGUAUCAACUGGCGUUAUUAAGCGUUCAUCGGAUGUCAAAGUUAAGAGAGGCGAUAAGGAAGUGUUCAAGGGAACAUUGUCUUCUUUGAAACAUGUGAAGGAUGACAUAAGCGAGGCUCGUAAGGGGAAUGAAUGUGGAUUGGGAUUCCACAAUUGGAGUGGGUUUGAAGCGGGGGAUAAGAUCUUGGUGUAUGAGGAAAUUGAACAUAAGAGACUUGACGAGCUAAACCCCAAAGCACACAGCUCGUUGGGCGAUGACCAAAGUCCUAAUUAUGCUGAAGUACCACCUCCAUUUCCACACGCUGAGUCCUCCAUUUCAGGGAAAGGAACAUCAUCAUUACAAGAAGAUUUGGAGGAAGGGACCAGCCAAUCAUCACCUCAGAAUGAUCAACCUCCUGAUGAUGUUAGUAGGAUUUUGUUUUGUUUGAUUAUUGGGUUCUUGUUAAUGGCUUUUGGAGUAACGUUAGUGUUUCAGGGAGAUUUAACUUCUAAAAUGUUUGGUAUAUUGAUGGUAAAUAUUUCAGUAUGUUUGGCAUGUAUUGCUGGAGCCAUUGUAUUUGGCGUUGAAAGAAUUACCGGAGAAAGAGCAUUCUUGAAAGGCAUUGGUUAUGGAAUUGGAUUCACCCUCGUGUUCCUGGCAAUUUUGAAAUUAUAUAUGUUGGAUCAGCUUCAAUUGGAUUUAUCUUCAAAUAUCGUGGUCUGUAAUCAGUAA